AUGCCCUCAACACCUGGGUCUCUAGUUGAGCCUGACAAGGCCAAGGUGGCCUAUUUUGGAAAUGAGUUUCCGAUUGAUGACCUGAAAGACCUGUUUCGUCGCCUUUACGGCCAUUCUAAAGACAAACGACAUGCAGGAUUGGCAAGGUUCAUCCACGAGGCCACGUCGGUAGUGCGAGAGGAGGUACGCUUGCUGCCAGCCGCUUUACGGACUCUUGUUCCUCCCUUCCAGACGAUCUUCGAUCUUGCCAAUGAUGCGGAGCUCCGAAGCGGUCCCCUUGGCGGGUCCAUCGACGGCAUGCUGCUCUGUGCCCUCCAGCUGGCAACCUUCAUCGGGUACUAUGAAAAUGACGCUAGCGAAGACUUCUAUUCUCCCGACGCAGUCACAUAUCUCACUGGUUUGGGAACCGGCCUGCUGUCAACCGCUGCGGUCUCCCUUUCUCCUACAUUGGCGGAUCUCCCACUUGCUGGUGCUGAGGUCAUCCGCAUCGCCUUCAGACUCGGGGUCGUUGUCGAUGAGGUUUCGCAGAACCUUCAUCCACGCUCGGUCGACGGUAGCCCCGCUUCCAGUUGGGCCUUCGUGGUUGCCGGUGUCGUGGAGGAAGACGUCCAGAAGGAGCUUGAUGCGAUACACGCGGCCGAGAAUAUCUCCGAACCAAACAAGGUUUUUAUCAGCGCUGUGAGCCGAACUUCCGUAACCAUAAGUGGUCCACCCACAAGAAUCAAGCAUGUCUUCCACGUAUCGGACGUUUUACGUGACAGCGAUUCAAUUUCCUUGCCAGUGUACGGCGGCUUGUGCCACGCAAAACAUAUCUACGACAAGACUCAUGUAAACCGCAUCGUUCAGACCAGUGCGCUGGAUGCGCUAGACGCCAAGUUCGCACCUCAUGUGCCCAUCCUCUCGACUAGCAAUGGAAGGCAAUUCCAUGCAAAGAGUGCUCCUGAUAUUUUCCAUGCCAUAGUGGAGGAGAUCCUCACUCAGGCAAUCCGAUGGGAUAGUGUCGUGGAGGCCAUUGCGUACCAGGCUCGAAACUGCGCAGGUUCCGAGUGCCAAGUGCUCAUAUUUCGCAAUUCUCUGCCUGGUCGCGACCUGGUAGAUGCUUUGAAAGCAGAGAGGCUGCAACUGAAGACAAGUACAAGAGAUCUCAUUCCAUGGAUCGCGAAGCCAAGUUCAAUCCCGCAGGGCCCCAGGGGUACCCAGCAGGCUAAGAUUGCCAUUGUAGGCAUGUCCUGCCGGAUGCCUGGUGGUGCGACCGACACGGAAAAAUUCUGGGAAAUCCUCGAUCAAGGCCUUGAUGUCCAUCGAAAGAUCCCGGCUGACCGAUUUGACGUGGAUACACACCACGACCCCACUGGGAAACGUGUGAAUACCAGUAUCACCCAAUAUGGCUGCUUUAUUGACGAGCCUGGUCUGUUCGACGCUCCAUUUUUCAACAUGUCUCCCCGCGAAGCACUUCAGACAGACCCAAUGCAGAGAUUAGCUCUUGUCACGGCCUACGAGGCACUCGAGCGAUCUGGGUAUGUUGCCAACCGCACGGCUGCCACCGACCUACAUCGUAUUGGCACGUUUUACGGGCAGGCAAGUGACGAUUAUCGAGAAGUAAACACGGCCCAGGAGAUUGGAACAUAUUUCAUCACAGGUGGUUGCCGGGCGUUUGGUCCCGGGCGCAUCAACUACUUCUUCAAGUUUUCUGGCCCCAGCUAUAGUAUAGAUACUGCUUGUUCGUCGAGUCUUGCCACGAUUCAUGUUGCUUGCAACUCACUGUGGAACGGCGACACUGAUACGGUAGUUGCUGGAGGAAUGAACGUUUUGACCAACUCAGACGCCUUUGCUGGACUAGGCAGCGGCCAUUUCCUAACCAAGACACCCAAUGCAUGCAAAACAUGGGAUACGGACGCUGAUGGCUACUGCCGUGCUGAUGGCGUUGCGUCUGUUGUUCUGAAGCGACUGGAGGAUGCAGAGGCCGACAACGAUAACAUUCUGGGUGUCAUCCUUGCGGCAGGAACUAAUCACUCCGCUGAAGCCGUCUCUAUUACCCACCCUCAUGCGGGCCACCAGAGCAAUCUUACCAGGCAGAUCCUUGCUCAAGCUGCCGUGGAUCCUUUAGAUGUCAGCUAUGUAGAGAUGCACGGAACAGGCACACAGGCUGGUGACACCCAAGAAAUCCAGUCUGUCACUAAUGUCUUUGCGCCCCUUACAAGCACAAAGCGUAGAAGCCCCAAACAGCCCCUGCAUAUCGGUGCUGUGAAAGCAAACGUGGGCCAUGGGGAGGCAGUGGCAGGUUCGACAGCAUUACUGAAGGUGUUGCUGAUGUUCGAGAAGGGCAUCAUUCCACCGCAUGUCGGCAUCAAGAAUACCAUCAACCCAAGCUUCCCAAAAGACCUCGAAAAGCGCAACCUGCAUAUUCCAUACCAGAAGGUACCAUGGCCACAUGUGCCUGGGAAGAAGCGCAUUGCUGUUGUCAACAACUUCAGCGCUGCUGGCGGCAACACGAGUAUCGUCAUCGAAGAAGGACCAGUCCGGGCGAUUAACAAGACUGUGGAUCCGCGCUCAGCACAUGCUGUCACUGUGUCGGCAAAGAGCAAGGUAUCCCUCAAAGGCAAUUUGGAACGCCUGAUUGCCUACCUAGAUGCACACCCCGAUGUUUCGCUUGCAGAUUUGUCAUACACAACUACAGCUCGACGUUAUCACCAUAAUCACCGCGUCGCUGUUUCCACAUCUGAUGUUGUUCAUUUGAAGAAACAGUUGAACUCAUAUCUCCAAUCUGUUGACACGCAUAAGCCAAUUCCAGCGACAGGCGCGCCCCCAGUCGUAUUCGCGUUCACAGGCCAGGGGGGCUCACAUAGGUCUAUGAAUCUGGAGCUGUUGCGCGACUCUGCCUAUUUCCGCUCACAGCUCCUACAUCUAGAUGUGCUAUCACAGAAUCAGGGCUUCCCAUCGUUCAUGCCAGCCUUGGAUGGCAGCUAUCCACAAGACCACACCCACUCUCCGACGAUCACCCAACUUGCUUUGGUUUGCACGGAGAUAGCACUUGCAAAAUACUGGGAUUCCCUUGGCGUUCGACCUGACGCUGUGAUCGGUCAUAGUCUUGGAGAAUACGCCGCAUUGCACGUGGCUGGAGUUUUAUCGGCUGCUGAUGCAAUUUUCCUCGUUGGUACGCGAGCCAGCAUGCUGGAGGAAAAUUGUGAAAUUGGCAGCCAUAAGAUGUUGGCUGUGCGGGCAUCACUUGAGGAGGUACGCGAGACGGUUGGUGACAACCCAUUCGAGGUCGCAUGCAUCAACGGGCCCAAAGACACGGUGCUGAGUGGGACUGUGGCCGAGGUGGAUACACUUGCCCAGGGUCUGGAGGCAGCUGGAUUCAAGUGCUUCCCCCUAGACGUGGCGUAUGCGUUCCACUCAUCGCAAACAGAUCCUAUCUUAGACCAGUUUGAGAAGGUGGCGCGUACAGGCGCACUUUUCCAGCCACCAAACAUGCCCAUAAUCUCGCCGCUGCUAGGCAAAGUUGUGUUCGAUGAGAAGACUAUUGACGCUAACUAUAUGCGAAGGGCAACUCGGGAGACGGUUGACUUCAGGGCGGCUUUGGAUGCAGCACACCUCACGUCCAUAGUGGAUGAGACGAUGGCCUGGAUUGAAAUCGGCCCGCACCCCGUUUGUCUAGGCUUCGUACGGUCAACUAUCCCAUCCGUGCGGGCCUCAGUGCCCUCGAUGCGCCGUAGCGAGGAUAACUGGACGACAUUGUCAAACAGCUUGGCCACCCUCCACACGGCUGGCGUAACAUUAGGGUGGAAUGAGUUCCAGCGUCCCUUCGAGCAAGGUUUGCGCCUGUUGGACUUGCCUACAUACGCUUGGAACGAUAAGAACCACUGGAUCCAAUACAAUGGGGACUGGGCUCUCACCAAGGGUAAUACCUUCUACGACGCUGAGAAGGCCGCAGUCAACGGGAAUCCCUUGACUGCACCCCACUCCAAUCUGAGAACGUCGCUUGUCCAUCGCGUGGUCGAUGAGACCUUCUCUGGCACAGCCGGGCAGGUUGUCGUGCAGUCGGACUUGAUGCAGGCAGACUUCCUAGCAGCGGCGUGGGGCCACAAGAUGAACGGAGCAGGCGUAGUGACAUCGUCUAUUCACGCCGAUAUUGCCUGGACUCUAGGCAAAUACCUGGUCGACAAUCUCAAGCCUAAGUCCAAAGAUGUCGUCGACAUGGACAUAACAAACCUUGUUGUGCGCGAGGGAAUUGUAGCCCAAAAGAACACCAGUGUGCCUCAGCUGCUCCAAAUCACCAUCACUACCGAGGACAUCAAUGCGGGAACUGCCUACCUAGAAUGGCACAAUAUUGCUGGCGACGGUUCGCUCGCCGAUGAAGUGCCCAUUGUUACGGCUCAGCUGGUCUUCGGAAAUGCAGUCAACUGGCUUGCUAGUUGGGUACCAGCCACCCAUCUCAUUCAAGGCCGCAUUGAGGCGCUUGAACGGUUGGCUGAUGAGGGAGUGGCAAAUCGAUUCUCGCACAACAUGGCGUACCUGCUAUUUGGCAAGAAUCUCGUCGACUAUGCCGAUAAAUAUCGCGGUAUGCAGUCAGUGGUGCUAAAUGGCCUCGAGGCCUUCGCGGAUGUCACCAUCAAAACCGAUAAAGGUGGUGUAUGGACUGUGCCGCCUUUCUUCGUUGAUAGUGUGUGCCACCUGGGCGGGUUUGUCAUGAACGUGUCGGAUGCCAUUGAUACAGCAAACAACUUCUGUGUCACGCCCGGCUGGAGCUCAUUCCGGAUGAGCCGCCCCCUCGUCGCUGGUGGCAAGUACCGGUCCUAUGUGAAGAUGAUCCCCACGACCGAGGAUCCAUCCGUCUACCUAGGCGAUGUCUAUGUGCUGCAAGAUGGCGAGAUCGUCGGUGUCAUGCAGGGCAUGAAGUUCCGCCGCUACCCCCGUGUGCUUCUCAGUCGCUUUUUCUCGGCUGUCGACGUGAAGAAUAAUACUUCCGGCACCGCUGUUACUCAGAGUCAAGCUCCAGCUGUCAUCAAGAAUGUACCAACUGUGACGACUAUCCCUGUGGUCACAAAGCCCGCUAAGCAAGAUCCAGCGCCACCUGCGCCAGUACCCACUCCCGCACCAGCAGCAAAGCCAGUGGAGACAGCGUCGGUCGCACCAGUCGACUCGGACAGUACCGCUGUCAAAGCCUUAGUGCUUGUGGCCGGCGAGACUGGCCUCGAUGUUGCCGACCUUCAGGACGAAGCAUUGUUUGCAGAUCUGGGCGUCGAUAGCCUGAUGAGUCUUGUCAUUGCGGAGCAGCUACGUGAGCAGCUUGGCGUCACUGUCAGUGGUAGCUUGUUCAUGGAGUAUCCGACUGUUGGGGAUUUGCGCGCUUGGUUGGUUGAAUACUAUAGCUAG